AUGCCCGGCAAAUCCCUCUUCAACAUAAUGUAUUCCCGCGGCCGCAAAGACUCAACAGCAAAGACCCCACCGCGAUCCUUCUCACCAGAGAAAAAGGAACCCAAAAGCGCCAUCUCACCCCCAACUUACAGCCAUGUCCUACCACCGUCACGUAGGGAUUCGAUGCUCGAGUUGGAAGAAGCUGCUACACCCCAGUGCGAGGUGAACGAGUCCGACAUGCUAAAGAACAUGCUACCGAUGACUGCGAACUACCUGACCAGUUCUGGAAAGCUGUACACACCGACUGGAUUCUCGGUAGAUGACAUCAAGAACCUGGACCAUGAUAUCAACAAGGCUAUACCUCGACCUUAUCGACCUUUUCGCUGGGCGUAUCAUCAGACCAUGUCCUUGACGAGGAUGGAGACCGACUGGUGGAUCGAGCUUGAAAGCACGUACAAGACUCGCAUUGCUCAGAGGAAAGAGCUAUACGCCAAGAAUGGCAAAGCCGUCCUCGAUGCAAUGCCCGGAUCCGAGCUGGCAUGUAAAGAGCUCAUGGAGAUGGUCUUGCAAUUUAUCUGCGCUCGAUAUCCACAACACUUCACCUUGGUGGACAAACGCAUAUUGAAAAACCAUAUCCUCGGCACGGAACAUGAUGUCAAAGCCAAGCCUCCGUUAGAGAUUCUCCUUGAAAACGUCCCUGAAGAUUUUGCGAUUAUGCUGCGCGAUGAUGAGACGGGUUUCUAUUUCCUUCGUGCGGCGGUGAUCUGCUCUGCUCUUGGGUGGAAUGUUGCUUCGAAGGUUGGGAAACGACUCGAUCAGAUUCACGAUCCAAUCCCAGAUUACAAGGAGAAGAUGCAGUUUUCGAUGGAUCGAUUCUUCACGAAGAUGCCGACUGAGAAGCCUAUUCAGCGUGGAUCUUGGGGUCUUGAAGUGGGUGAGCCGCUAUACAUGCCUCCAGGCCACCCUCAUGAAGCACAGCGACUUUCUCAAGAUCCUAAGCUCGGUAUCGAGGACUGCUCAUUGCGUGUGGACUGGCAGACCCUUCGUCGCCUACCUCUUUCAGGAUCUAUCAUCUUCAACUUCAAGGCGAUUUUCACCCCGGUCACCGAAUUCCGGGACGAGCCUGGUGUUCCUGCACUGCUUUCGAAGCUCUUCAAGGAAGGUAAGCAAAACUUGAUGCAGUACAAGGGAACAUGGCAUGUUGAGCAUGUUGUUCUUCCGAAGAUGGAGGAGUGGGCGAAAGAGCAAGAAGAGAACCUUGUAGUUCCUAUGAAAUGGAAGGUAGCUACUCUGGACGAAAGUCCAUGGUUUAGAGGCUGGGAGGAGAAGUGGCAUCGCCAACAGGGGUUCUAG